AUGCCCACUCAUGGCCCGCCGUCCCCGAUCCUCCAGAAAAGCGUCAAGCGUCAGCGGCAGGACUCGUACGACGGCACGUCAUCGCGCAACGGCUUCUCGAGUCCUGAGCAGCUACCCGGCGAUGCAAAUCUAGGAGGGGCCACAAGCAGUGGCAGCAGCAGCGGCCGCAGCGAGGCCGGAGCCUCGGCUGCAUACCCUGGCACUUCUGUCACCUCAGCCUCACCUGGACAGAGCAGCAAUUUCCGCAAUGUGAGCGCAUGCAAUCGCUGUCGCCUGCGUAAGAAUAGGUGCGAUCAGAAGCUCCCCAGCUGCGCGAGCUGUAACAAGGUUGGCGUUCCUUGUGUUGGCUAUGACCCAAUAACGAAGAAGGAGAUUCCGAGAAGUUAUGUCUUCUAUCUCGAAACCCGUGUUGAGGUGCUUGAGAAACUCCUGGCAUCCAACAAUAUCUCAUUCCCGCCGGCUGAAGAUCUAGACGUAUGCUCCCGUCCUGGUGCCGAUGGGAGCUUUCCGGCCAUACGCGAUGCGGGAUACUCUGGACAAACCGAUGCGGCGGACGCUCGCAGCUCACGAACACAAAGCCAUCAUAGCCAGGCACUGGAUAAUGCGCUGCUCCCAGCGAAGAAGCAGGGUGAUCAGAGUCCAGCCAUGCUAAACAUUGUCAGUCCGGCAAAGCCGCGAUCGCUCGCCUCUACAUCGGGAGUCUCUUUUGCCCGCGUCGUGUUUGCGGCGGUGCAGUAUUCAGUAUCAGACCAAAACGGCGGCUUGGAGAAGUCCGUCUCUUCAAAUCAGUCAAACCCAGUUGGCGCGGGCACUUCGAUGCGCGACUCCUUCUUCGGGUUGCAUACUCGACCAACCAUCCAGCCGGCCACAUUCCCGACUAGAGACGUGGCCAUGCGCCUGGUCACGCUCUACUUUGAGCAUGCCAACCCGCAGAUUCCCAUCCUUCAUCGCGGCGAGUUCAUGCGCAUGUUUGAACGGGCGUACGCAAACGAGGGCCGGGGCCUCAGUGCGAGAGAGCUAUACAUGCUCAACAUGGUCUUUGCUAUCGGUUGCGGUGUCAUCGUGGGCGAGCCGGUCAAGGCGGAGGCUUCUGGCAACGCAAGGUUGCAGUUUCAACAAGGCCGGAACCAGAGCAGGCCGGAGGAGUAUCAUGCGAGUGCAAUCGUCCACCUUGAGGAAUGCCUCAGCAGCAGUGGAGGUGGACUCGAGGUACUACAAGCCGUUCUUUUGCUUGCCAACUUUGCGCUUCUUCGCCCCGUUCCACCGGGACUCUGGUAUAUAACUGGCGUGGCGGUGCGUCUCGCGGUCGACCUUGGCCUCCACCACGAGGACGGCACGGAUAUAGAGGGCGGUGGACAAGACGCACAAGACCAUGCUGAGUCACGAGACUCGAAUGGCGGCAGCUCAGAUCGAGGGAGACGUCUCUGGAUCCGCGAUAUGAGACGCCGAUUAUGGUGGUGUACCUACUCGUUUGACAGGCUGGUAAGCACCUGCGUUGGUAGGCCGUUUGGCAUCAGCGACCAAGUCAUCACAACCGAGUUUCCCUCGGUCCUCGACGAUGCCUUCAUCACGCCGAAUGGCUUUCUAGAUCCACCUUCUGGCGAGGAUCACCCGAGCUAUAAGCACGUUGCCCAUCACUACUUUAGGCUGCGCAUGCUACAGUCGGAGAUUCUCCAAGUCUUGCAGUAUAACCAAGCGCAAAUCGCCAGGACAACAGGGACCCAGGCGAGGUCGCUGGAUCUAGAAAGGAAUAGGUCGUUACCGUCUCCUUAUCUUAUCCAUUUCGACUCGUACAGGUCGUGGCGGAUGGACAUUGACCGGAGACUUCGCGAAUGGAAGGACAAUGCGCCUUCAAAACAAGAAACUGGAGUGGCCUUUUCGACCGAGUUCCUCUUUCUCAACUACUGGCAGGCCAUUGUUCUGCUGUAUAAGCAGAGCUUGAGCAUCCCUGCCAUGUUCGAGGGAGAGUACAACCCUUCAAACGAAGUCAACAGCCCCACGGCAUUCACUGCUGAGCUACGCGAAGACGAGGAGCGUAUAUACCUCAAGGUCGCAGAGGCGGGGCAAAAGAUUCUCCGCAUAUAUAGACAGCUGCAUCUGAGCAGUCUCGUAAGCUAUACUUACUUGUCUACGCAUCAUUUGUUCAUGGCCGGCAUAUCAUAUCUCUACGCCAUAUGGCAUUCUCCUGCCGUGAGAAGCCGCCUGACUAUGGACGAAGUAGAUUUUACAGUGCUGGCAGCAAAGUCAGUAUUUACCGACAUGAUUGAUAAAUGCCCACCGGCGGAGACAUGCCGCGAUGCUUUUGAUCGAACAGCCAAGGCCACCAUCCAGAUGGCCACCUCAAAAGGAGGGUUUGGCUCACCUAUCCAGCAAACCCGUCGACCGCCAACUAGAAGGGAGACCACCAACUGGGCUCCUACUCCCGCAGACAUGGCUCCCAAGAAGCCAGCAUCUCGACAUCGCCACCAUCACCAAUCUGAACAGCAGCAGCAGCAGCAGUUCCAGUUUGAUAUGGCAAUGGGUGAUAGCUUGUCAUCACCCAGCCUCUCGACAGCCGGGGAUAUAGCCACUCCGCCGGUAACAAUGGCUCACUCCCACGCCCACAGCCAUGGCCGGCCGAGUCCCACACAGCGGACAAGCAGCUAUGAUGAUGGCGGCUCAGUCAUGGACCAGUCGAUGAUUGCAUCGCCGUCUCUGCCACGAAGCCAAGCCACGCCUGGCAGUACCAGCGGCGGGAACCCGUUUAUGGCCCAACAGAACCAGCAGUUUGGCAUCCAUGGCCACAUGGAGUACCCAGAUGCGCAGACCAUGGAGCUUUUGCAGACGUUCGGGACGGGAUCCAACGGCGGCUUCGGGGGCGUGGAGCAGGGCCAGAUGGACUUUGGCUUUGGCAUAAACUGGGAAGGUGUGCACAACGACUAUGCGGAAGCUGCACAGCCAAUGAAUCCCUUUGAUACGUUUUUCUUUGGCGGGCCUCAGGGAGGGAACGCCGGAUUUGGUGCAUCAAAUGGCGCGGGUGGACACUCGGGAGGGAGCGACAUGUGA